AUGACGGAGGCAAACAAGACGCAGGUGAUGGGGUUUGUUCUCACGGGACUGACAGAUCAUCCAGGGAUGCAGGUCCCUCUGUUCCUGGUGUUCUUGGUCAUCUACCUCACCACCAUGGUGGGCAACCUCGGACUGAUUUUCCUCAUCUGGAAGGACUCCCAUCUUCACACCCCCAUGUACUUAUUCCUUGGCAGUUUGGCUUUUGCAGAUGCUUGUUCCUCCUCCUCUGUGACUCCAAAGAUGUUAAUGAAUUUUUUAUCUAACAAUCACAUGAUAUCUCUGGUCAAAUGCAUCACCCAAUUUUAUAUUUUUGCUUCUAGUGCCACCACCGAGUGUUUCCUCUUGGUAGUGAUGGCCUACGACCGCUAUGUAGCCAUAUGCAACCCCUUGCUUUAUCCAGUGGUGAUGUCCUACCGACUCUGUACUUGGUUGAUAGGUAUGUCUUAUGCGAUUGGUUUUCUGCAUCCCAUCAUUCAUGUGGGAUUAUUGUUUAGAUUAACCUUCUGCAGGUCCAAUAUAAUACAUCAUUUCUACUGCGAAAUUGUGGGGAAUGAAGGAUCUCAAGAUACGGAUCAUGGAGAAAUUCAAGAACUAAUAGACACCACACCAGAGGAAUUAACAGGAGAUGACGUGAUGGGGAUGAGUGUUUAUGAGCCAGUGCCAGACGAUGAGGAAGAUGACGUAGCAGAAGCAGUGCCAGAAAACAAAUCAGCACUAGACAAUCUGCCAGAAGGUUGUGAUUAUUCAAGACUGUUGUUGAGUUUGAUGCCAUGGACCCUUCUAUGA